AUGUCUCGAGUGAUUUUUCCUACCCUCCGCAUGGCGGCCAAGGCGUCUGGCACGCCAAUUGCCCGCUCUGCCCGCGUCGUGGCCCGUCCCAUCGCCGCCUCUGCUGCCCGCAGCUUCCACUCCUCUCCUGCCCGCCUCGACCCCAACCCGGUCACGCGCCCUCACCUGCUCCCCGAGUUCAGCCUCGAGAACAAGGUCGUCGUCGUGUCCGGCGGCGCCCGCGGUCUGGGCCUCGUCCAAGCCGAAGCGCUCCUCGAAGCCGGCGCCAUCGUCCACUGCAUCGACCGUCUCGACCCUCCCGCCAACGACCCGGACUCGCACUUCUCCAAGGUGCAGCGGCGCGCGCGCGAGGAGCUCGGCACGACGCUGAGCUACCACCAGUUCGACGUGCGCAACAACGAGGCGCUCAACGAGACGAUGCGCAAGAUCGCCGACUACACCGGCCGCCUGGACGGCCUCAUCGCCGCGGCGGGCAUCAACUACGAGACCACCGCCCUCGAGUACUCGCAGGAGGAGUGCGAGCGCAUGAUGAGCAUCAACGUGACCGGCUGCUUCAUGACGGCGCAGGCGGCGGCGCGCCAGAUGGUGCGCCUCAAGCGGCCGGGCUCCAUCGCCAUGAUCGCGUCGAUGAGCGGCACCAUCGCCAACCGCGGCAUGUACGGCGGUGCGUACAACGCCUCCAAGGCCGCUGUCAUCCAGCUCGCCCGCAACCUUGGCGCCGAGUGGGGGCCGUACGGCAUCCGCGUCAACACCAUCUCGCCGGGAUACAUCAUGACGGAGAUGCUGCAGAACCUGUUCGUGACGCAGCCUCACCGCAAGGAUCAGUGGGCCUCGGAGAACAUGCUCGGUCGCCUGUCCCUGCCGCAUGAGUUCCGUGGCGCCGGCGUCUUUCUCAUCUCUGACGCCUCCAGCUUCAUGACUGGAUCUGACCUGCGCAUCGACGGUGGCCACGCUGCCUGGUAA